GUUGACUAACACCGCGGACGGUAAGCGUCUCCCCUGUGCCUAACCUGCAGUUACCGGAGUGCAGAUAUGCUUUCGUUUCCAACCACACUCUCCGGAGCUUUGUGUAGACGGUUGUCAAGCGCGCUCUGAAAGCGCACGUUAAGUCACCAGAGAAAACAACCAUCGAUUCUUGCUCGUAAAGAAACGUCUGGCACGCGAGCAGAAGGGGUUCCCUUCUUAAAUCAUCUUCGUGGUGAUUAAAGCAAUACCAUAAAUUUAUCAAGAAUGCACUGGCUCUGAGCAGAAGCUUUAUUACGCCACGACGCUUAAUUUCACGUUAUGGAUUUAUCCAGAUGCGUCAAAUGCAAUAUGAAAUUCUCCUCUUUGCCUUUACUGGAAAAACACAUCGAGAAGUUCUGCAUUGGAGAAAGCACUAGGAAAGUCGAUCAGACCGAAAACUCUGCAGACAUGGUGCAGAGACUGAGGGACUACAGGAGGAGGCGCCAGGAGAGGAAGGAGCAGCAGGAGCGAGAAAAGCUAUUCGACCUUGGGGAUCUUCAAGUAAAGCUCCAGGCCCAGGCCACGGACCUAGCUGAUACCAUGAAACCCAACAGUGAACCCACAGACACGGGCAUGCUAAGGGACUCCAGAUCCAAAGCUCUGCAGACACGGGAGAGGGAAGCACGAGCGAGGGAACUUGCUGAGCUUCACGGGAAACGAGCAGUGGACUUGGAAAAUGAGAACAGGCAGCUGGAAGCACGGAGAAGAGACAUUGACCUGAGGAUGCAGGAGCUGGCAGCCCAGACCAGGAGCACAUCUCACGUGGAGAGGAUGCUGUCCGAACUGCAGGUACAGGAGCAGAGAAACACAAUCCUACUAGAGGCACUCAUGGAGCAGCUGCAGCAGGUCCAGAUGGGAUCAGUGAGAGACAAACCACAGAGCAGACAGAGCGAGUCUCACCUCUUUUCCGCCAAGACAAAAGAGAAAGACUCAGUCCGCUUUCACAGCUACAAGGUUGCCCACGGUGAUGGAACGCUGUCUUCGGAAAUCAGUGCCCUGCAGCUGUCAUACUUGCAGAGUGGGGGAAGUGACCAUCUCAUCUUAGUCCAGCUGCAGGAUUUGCUAAAGGAGGCCUUGGAAGUGGAAUGGCAUCAGGAGAUGCAGACUCACGCUCGCCCCUAUUACAUGGACAGAAGUAAACGGGCGCGGCACACAGCCAAGCUUCAACUGAACAGAGACCUCAUCGCCACGGAGCUGCAGAACCAACGCCUGGAGGAGGAGAUCAAGAGAUCUCAGCGGAAGAGGUGGAGGGAUUCCAGGCUCAUCAGUAUGACCGGCUGCAAUGAAACCUGCCUCUGGGUUCUGGCAACCUCAUGUGGCCCAUAUAGUCCCCAUGAAGUGAUGCACAUGACCUUGGAUUGCACUGAAGGUCAGCCCACCGAGCAGAAGAUGAAGGCAAUGCAGACUGACAUCGACUUGCUGAAGCAGGAGAUUGAGAUCAACCAUAUGAGGAGGAGAAUGAGAGCAUAUGCGAGACCUCUGCACCAUUCACCACUCCCCCCGCUGGAUGAUGUCAGAUCAGGUUCUCCAGCCCUUGGGAGGAACUUUAUGGACGUUUCCGACGGCUUGGAGUCUGUCCCAUAUGAUCCAAUAGCAGGCUUCGUGGUGUUCUACGACUUCCUGCUGGGGCUCUGCCCCUCGUUCCGAGUGUGCCGCUUAGUAGCAAAGCUGAACGACAGAGAUCAAGAGUUUGGCGCCUCCUCACCACUGCCCGUUGUCUACUGUGAGCCGGCCAGCCUAUCUCCUCAUGCCCCCCAACACAGCAGAGGAAACCUGGCCACCCUUGCUGCCAAGCAGGCCUUACCCAGAGUCUUUCCAUCCCUGGGGGUCUCUCUGAUACUCGAGCUACAGGCCUCCGAAGGAUGUGACCUGUAUGGACAGCAGGUCACAGGGCUGCUUUCCAGGGGUUGGGUCAAGGUGGAUGUGUUUGACGCUCAGAACCAUUUGAUUAGCGGGAAGUGGAAAGUGCCAGUCCGCGUCCUCCCUAUUAGACCGUCUGUGACCACAGUGGAGUUGAAUGCUGUCCCACAGCUGGACAAUACUGAGCUCUACUUGAGGAUAGUGAAUAGCCGGGAUACAGAGGUGCAGAAUUCUGCCCCCAUCAGCCACAGCAAUUGGAGGCUAUACAAAUAUCCUUUGCCGGUGACUGGAGGAACUUGGCGUGCUGCUCGGGAUUCGCUCCGCUCUUCCCAGUUCUCAUGUGGCCAGCCCAGGUUCCCAGCAUGCACCCAGACGCUAAACCCCCUUACUCCACCUGGGCCGGCUGAGGAGCUGGAGUGACCAGUGCUGGGCCAGCAGAAAAAACCUGCAGAGAAGAUAUAAGGUUUCCUGCUAAAUCAGCCUCUGAUCUUCUCGAUGAAAUCCCAAUAUGCAAUUAACAAGCAUGAAGGAGAUGCUGUUAUUAUGACCCACUUACAGUGUCGAUGAGCACAAGAACUGUACAUUUUCAUAUAUUCCCACUUGUUAAUUAAAUGCUGGAAUUGAAUUAAUUAAAGUGCAAAAUAGUUACAUGA